ACCGCAUCGCCAUCGACGCAAUCACCCACAGGAAAAGAGAAGGGUGUGCGUGAAUAUCCCGCUCCGGGUUCGUUUCCUCGCAUUCUCCACGCGAAUAGGAGCAGAAUUUGCCACCGCAAUCUUCUUCUCCUUCUUCUUCUUCUCACCUUUUUCUGUUCUUGAAUCCCAGUUUCUUGCUCCUCUGAAUCUUCGAUCUUUGAUUCCUUCCUUCUCCUCCAAUCCUUUGCUUCUUGGACUAAGAUUAUCCCGUCCAAUCUUUUUUUUCUUCUUUUCUUCGCUUCUUGAAACUAUCUCUCGCGUCGAUCGAUUCCUCCUCCCUCAUUCCCUGCCUCGCGUGGUCGAGAGCUAAGAAAACAAAAUUCUCCUCUUUUUUUUUUCUACUUUCUCGCCGAUCUUUUUUUCCUUCCAGGGCGAUUUGAUUGAAUUCCAUCCGAGAUCAGGAAGAGGAAUGCAGCCGGGGCACGGCGGCGCGCUGUACCACUUCGGCACCAGCGGCGCCGCCGUCGCCGCCGCCACUGCCGUCACGCACCCGCUCGAUGUUAUCAAAGUUAGGCUCCAAAUGCAGCUUGCUGGGCAAAGAGGAAACUUAGUUGGAAUGGGGACAAUAUUUACACAAAUGGUACAAGUGGAAGGGCCUCGAUCACUCUACCUGGGACUGGCACCAGCAUUGACUAGAUCUGUCAUCUACGGUGGCCUUCGAUUAGGGUUAUAUGAGCCCUGCAAAUAUGUCUGCAAUUAUGCAUUUGGAUCAACAAACUUCGCUUUUAAGUUUGCAUCUGGAGUAAUUGCGGGCGCCCUAGCAACUGCGUUGACAAAUCCAACAGAGGUUUUGAAGGUGAGAUCGCAAAUGAGUCCAAGCAGAACCAGUACAAUCGGGGUGCUUAAGAAAAUUGUAGCAGAGGAAGGGGUCAAAGCACUUUGGAAAGGAGUUGGCCCAGCAAUGGCAAGGGCGGGCUGCCUCACGGCAUCACAGAUGGCUACUUAUGAUGAGGCUAAGCAGGCAUUGCUGAAGUGGACGCCACUUGAAGAAGGUCCCCAAUUACAUCUCAUGUCGAGUUGCGUAGCGGGAACAGCUAGUACUCUUGUGACUGCACCUAUAGACAUGAUCAAAACAAGGUUAAUGUUGCAGCGUGAGUGCAAAGGUGCCAGAGUAUACAGGAAUGGCUUCCAUUGUGGUUAUCAGGUUGUGGUGACAGAGGGUGUAACGUCGCUUUAUAAAGGUGGGUUUGCCACCUUUGCAAGAUUAGGUCCUCAGACAGCAAUCACCUUCGUUGUGUGUGAGAAGCUUCGUGAACUCGCAGGAAUGACUGCUAUUUAGUGCUAGUACUCCAUGACUAGGAAGAUGCAGACCAAUAGAUGUUUAGUCGGAGGGCAUUUUUUUUCCCCUUUAAUUCAAGGCAUUAUUUUCCGCAUUCAUUAUCAGAAAAAUUCAUCGAUGGGGAUUCCAUCUGAACUUUUAACUCCUCUCAGAAUUUUUGUUCUUGCAAUUCAAUGAUGUAAUUCUAUUUGUUACAAAAGUUUAGUUACACACUUUCUUGUCAAAUAACAAUUAUUUGACAAACAAGGUAUAUGGAAGAAAGCAGACAUGAUAGUUUCAGUUAGUUUAAUACAUGAAAUUGUUCUGAAUAAAUCUUCCAAAACUCUUGUAUGUUCAA